AUGAAGCGCGAAAGUAAAAACUCUUCAAACACAUCAGUGAGCAUUUUGAAAAAAAGCAACACGACUAAGUUGGGGGGGCAAAAGGCCAGUGCGAAAUUUAAGGACACCUAUAAGGAGAAAUGGAGUGCAAAAAGCGCAAAGGACAAUGGCAUCACGUCCAGAAAGAGCAGCGUCAAUCUUAUGAAGGUUGCAGCAAGUGGGAAAAUCAAUGAAGAAGAAAGUGGAGUGGGAUUAAAAAAGAAAAUGGACGAUGAGAAGAAAAAAAUGGAAAAAAAUUCUGUCAAUGGGAAGUAUAACCCGGGGAAGGAAAAAAGCUACAGCAAGGUAUAUGAUGAGAAAAAAAAUAUUGAGGGUGAAGAAGGGACGGGCAGUGCUGAUCUUAGUGGAGAGGAGGAAAAGGGUAAAGCGGAACAUAACAACGGAGAACAAGAAGACAGUUCAGAAAUUAGCGUGACAAGGCGCUUAUCGGAAUUUAGCCAAGCAGCGGAGAAUGAGGGAGUACCCCUGGGAAGGGGCAACGUGACGGUUGAAAAUGGACAAUCUGAGAAGGAAGCGAUCGAAGGUGGGGAUGAAUCUGCAGCGGAAAAUGAAGACGCAGAUGAAGGUGCGCGUCCGUUGAGUCAUAACGUUGGGGACGAACUGACGGAGCGAUACGAAUAUAAUGACAGCAGGGGGGAGGACGAGGAUGCACUUAAAAAUGUGGAAACAGACGAAAGUCGCAGCUACGAUACGAAUGGGGAAAUCUCAUACGAUGCGGAUGCGGUUUCUUCGGUUGCCUCUGUUGCUUCGGUAGCUGCUCUAGAGGGAGACCACGCCGACAAGGGGAAGCAUAAAGACGAGGAUGUGGCGCACGGGAAAGAAGGCAUAUACCAAAACAUCCUAAAAAAAUUAAACCUGGAGAAAAACGAAGAGCUGGAGAAUAGCCAUAUCAUAAUCUUGGGCAAUAAAGACGUGGGGAAGUCCUCCUUAGUGAAAUCGCUACAAGAAAUUUCCCUACAAGGAGAUAAAAACGGUGCAGAAGUGCUAUACGAAAAUGGGGGUGGAGUUCUUCCACUAGAUUACGCAUGUUUAAGUGUAAAAAAUUUAGAAGAAAAUAAAAAGGCAAAUGAAGUAAAAGGGAGUAGCCACGUGUGGAUCCUGCAGCACUCUUCCUAUGUAAAUUCCUUAAUUAAAAAUUUAAAAAAAUUUAAGGAUAUAAAAAAGGUAGUCAUUUUGAUAUGCACAGAUUUGUACAAGCCUUACGACAUCAUGUCUGACAUAAACCAAUGGAUCGAUGUGUUGUAUGUGAUCUUUGAGCAUUUGCAUUCUGAUUACAAUAUAGAGGUGCUCCGUGAGCUGAAGGAGAACUUGCAAAAUUAUGUGUACAACUAUAAAAGAGACGCAUUGGAGAGGAAGAAGCGGGAGGAGAAAUCCCAAGUUGGAGUGAACACACGGAAUGGCACCAUUGGGGGGGACUCACAACCCGUUAUGGAAGACUUAACCGGUGAGGAAAAUACAUUCAACGUAGAACGGGAGGGACUCAUAAAAAUUAAUAUGUCAUUCCCAAUAUUGUUUGUCAUCUGUAAAUCGGACGGGUACGAAAUUUUAAACAACAGAACAUACCAAGGGUAUAUCGAUGUGAUUAUUGCUUAUCUGAGAAAUUUAGCUGUGAAUUACCAGGCAGCUAUUAUUUUCUGCAAUACAGCCAAUAAGAAGGAAGCCAAAAAUGUGAAGCUCCUAUACAGAUAUAUUAUGCACCGUAUUUACAACUUCCCCUUUAGUGAUAACGCCAUUUUAGACGACUACGAAAGGGUGUUUAUCCCAUCAGGCUAUGAUGACGAGGGAUUAAUUAACCAGUCCAUACAGAAUACCUUCGUGCAAAAUUUUAAUAAGCCCUAUGACUCCAUUAUCGUGAAGCCUAUAACAAAUAAGAGCAUAGUGGAGCAUAGCCAUAAUAUUGUUGCUGAUUGUUAUUUCAACGACUUUUUGGCGAAGUUAUCCCCACAGGUGGAGUCCAACGGGGUGAGCGGGGCCGAUGAGGACGGCGAUGAAAAUAAUGUCGACGGUGUCAACAACACUUGUGAUGACACUCGCCAUGACGCUGGACCUAAUAAUGUUAAUAGCGCUGAUGUCGGGGGGGACAAAAUAAAAAUCGAUGUCACCCUGAAUGGAGGGACCGCAACGAUAAACAACGGAAGUAACAGCCAGAACGGCGCUAGUAAGGAACAGAAUGAUAAAUCUUUGCACAGCUUUUUUCAAAGCCUUUUAGCGAAGGGUAGAUCCAAGUCGCCCAGCGCGCCCAGCAUAACGCCGCAGACGCUGGACAAGAAAAAAAACGUGAACCCGGAGUGA